AUGGACCUUCCUUAUCUUCCUCCUCAAUCACCUUAUUCUCCUCGAGAACCACCGGAUACUACCGUUCUGGAUGUCGACAAAAUUAGAGUUGAAGCCCAGCUCGAGAUUAUGAAGGCUAUCGAACAUAAGACUAAACUGGCAGAUGAGCAGAAGGAUUUUGAGGCGCGAAUUCGGAAGCAGACCGAAGAGGAUGUCCUGAAGCGGCUCGAGGCCAUAGACCGUGAACAGGAAGAGGCUAAAAUAAAGGCCGAAUUGAUCAAAGUCGAGGCCGAAAAGAAAGCGAGGGAAGAGCUACAUGCCAAGCAACGUGCGGAAAUUGACCGAGAGCGACUUGCUGCGGUGCAGGCCAAACGCCUCGAGGACGAGCUACGGACUAAGAUAAAAAGGGAGAGGGAGAUCGAAGAGAAUAUGAGAGAGACAAGGGCUAGACAGAGUGAGGAGUUCGAGAGUCGGGUAAUGGAGAAAAUGCUACAAAGGAUGGAAGCGGUUACGGAUUUAGCUAAGCGGAAGAUGUUGCGAGACCUGGGGCUGGAAAAUGAAGCCGUUGACAAAUUGGUUGAGAAGAGCAUCAGCCACGGCAUGGAGAGGCAUAGGAGGCAGAUGAGUGACACAUCAGUCGAGAGAACGCAGAAGACCGGAGAAGAACCAGCAGGCCAAAAACAGUCGGCGGGGGCACAUACUACAACAAGACCACGAUCACGGCGUCAGUUUACCCGCCAUGCUUUGAGGCAUCAGACGGUAACAAGAGAACAAUUUACAGAGGAACAACACGAACAAUUGCCUGGAAGCCCACGGGUAUCCCAGCACUCUAGACGCGACUCUCCAUUUGGGUCUCGUAUGACUGAUGACUCCACCACCACUGAGUCAGAAAGUGAAUUCCUGCGGCCGAAGAUCCCUCCACAUGUGCCAUCUCCACCCGGGAAUCUUUCAUAUACCAGCUUGGAGACUGAAAGCAGUGGCCGCACCGACAGCAGACAUACCUCGAGUGGUUCAACAAUGAGCCGAGACUCUUACAGAACAUACGAUAGCUAUAGUGAAAUUGAUGAAAGAGACUCCACAUCAGAUUUCUAUCCUCCGCCUUUGCGGGAACUGGCCGAUGAAAUCGUCCAGGUUUUGAUGCAGAGGCUUGCAGAAUGGCCAGGUCCCGGUAUUCCGACGCCCCAGCCCUCGAGCCAUUUUGGUCGACCAAGGCGGGAAAGAUCGUACUCUGUCUAUUCUGAGUCUGAUAGUGGUGGAAUACCCAUGGCGCAAAGCUACUCAUCUGAGUCUACUCGCUCCGUCCAGACAGACAGUAGUGACAAACGGAUUUUACCUCCACAGCCAGCAAUAGAAGAGAAACCAUCUCAGUUGUGUAGCAGCGUGCAAGAUGGGUCUGGUGUUUCGGAAGCUCAAACGCGCAUGGAUUCUAUGACAGUGGUAACCUUGCCCGACUCAGAGACGUCUCAUGCAGCAGGAACUAGUGACGACUCGGUGGCAGGCGUCAAAUCUUUAACGGAGGAUGCUAUCAAGAGAAACGAUGCUCACGUUUCUACAAAUGCGGAAGUCGACGCUUCAUUGCUCGAGAAGUCAUCACCUGCUGGUCGUCAGAUGUGCACUCUCAUGUAG